AUGGGGCUGGAGUGGGUGGCCCGCUUCUGCCCCCAGGCCCGCUACGUCCUCAAGGUGGACGGGGACGUCUUCCUGAACCCCAACUACCUGGUGCGGCUGCUGCGGGCCCACCCGCAGCGGGACUUCAUCACCGGCUACAUCUACCGGGGCACCGGCCCCCUCCGCGACCCCGCGUCCAAGUGGUACGUGCCCCGCGAGCUGUACCCCCACGCCACCUACCCGCCCUACUGCGGGGGCCCCGGCUACGUCAUGUCGGGCCACCUGGCCCGCAGGCUCUUCGCCGCCGCCCAGACGGUCCCGCUCAUCACCAUGGAAGACUCGUUCGUGGGGCUGUGCCUGCGGCGGCUGGGCGUGGAGCCCACCGAGCCCCCCGAGGGAGCUUUCCACGUCAUGCGACGGGAGUACGAGCGCUGCGCCUUCGCCCGCCUCGUCCUGGUCCACCACUACGCGCCCCGGGAGCUGCUGGCCCUCUGGCCGGACUUCCUCACUGCCAACAGCACCUGCCCCGGCCCCUGAGCCGCCACCCGCCGC